CUGUGUUUAAAAAUAUCGAAGGUACCAAAAAGAAGGUGGCGUUUUUUUUUUGUAUUUAUUUUUCUUUUUCUUUAUUUGCUACUACUGCAGAGCUUUUCAUGUGAUAACAUGUCUUCAACCAAGGUUAUGUUGAGUAAAAAGAGCAUCUCUUCAACGUCCUCGCGCGAUAAUGAAGCUGAUUUAAAAAGACAACUGUUGGAGAAUCAAAAAGAUCGAAUGCAGCAUGUUCGUAAUAAACCGAAACUAAACCGUGUAAGAGAAACACAACUUCAACCUGACAAAAUAAUGGAAUGUAAACAAGAAUUGCAAUCCUACAGGAUAUUUUUGUAUAAACUUGAUUUUGCUUCUGAAUCAGCCCUAAGUCGCCAAAUCAAGAAGCUUGGAGCUGUAGGUAUAUAUGCAUUUUGGUAUCAAUGAUAAUAAUCAUUCUUUAAUAGGCAAGAGCGCCAUUCUUUUCUGCUUCUCAAGACGAUUGUACACAUAUUAUUACAACAAAAGAGCUUUUACAUGUUUAUGACACUUUUAGCGAUACCCAAAAGUAAGAGUAAGAAAAAGCAAUAUCUUAUGGACC